AUGGAUUACGACCUUCCAGAGGAAGGAAUAGAGGCCUUCCACUCGUUGUACGAAAGACUAUCCUCGUACCUGGUGGAAAAAGAGGCCUAUGAUCGCGUCGCGACUGUAGAAAUUGUCAAUGAAGAGUUCUCUGACCAAGAACAAGAAGACGAAGAAGAGAUUCAGCUGGCUCCGGCAGCGCUGGAUGAUACUCCUCCUAAAGUCAGGGACCCUACCGAGAAGGUCAAUCUUGGAACACUGCCCACACUCCCUGACAAGAGGCCGGUGAAGCAAGAGCCGUGGAGAAUGAACUUUGAGACCCAAGUUCUGGUCAAAGAAGAAGUUGAAAAAAUGCACAAGUCGGGCAUUAUUAGGGUAGCCAAAUACAAUCAGUGGCUAUCCAACAUAGUGCCUGUUCGCAAGAAAAAUGGCAAAAUGAAGGUCUUCGUGGACUACAGAGACCUUAAUGUCGCUACGCCUAAAGACGUCUACCCCAUACCGGUCGCGGAUAUGCUGAGAGCCAUGAACCUGAUUUUCCAUGACAUACAUGGGAAGAUUUUAGAGGUUUACAUUGAUGACGUGGUCGUGAAGUCUAAGAAGCGAGGGGAUCAUAUUGUGGAUCUCAAAAAAGUCUUCGAGCGCAUGCGGCAACUCAAGCUCAAGAUGAACCCCGCCAAAUGCGUUUUCAGAGUUCAGGCAGGAGAUUUUCUGGGAUUCAUUGUCCAUCAGAGGGGUAAAAUCCAGCCCUUUUCCCCACUACUGAAGUUACAGGGACAGAAUGAAUUUGUGUGGGAACCUAAACAUCAAGAGGUUUUUGACAACAUUAAAGCCUAUUUGGCGAGCCCGCCAGUGCUCGUUCCCCCUAGGGCUGGAUUUCCAUUGAAACUGUAUAUUUCAGCAGCUGAGGCUUCCAUUGGCAGCCUACUCGCCCAAGAUGAUGAGGAGGGCGUCGAACAUGCCAUUUUUUACCUCAGUAGGACACUUACAGAUUGCGAAACAAGCAUGCAAAUUGCGACACUACAUGUUAUCCUUUACCACUUGCAUCAUUGCUCAAACCGACCUGGUCAAGUAUAUGCUCUCGCGGCCUAUUUUAAGAGGUCGUAUGGCAAGUGGGUACUCGCCUUGUCCGAAUUCUCGCUGCAGUAUGUUCCAGAGAAAGCAGUAAAGGGGCAAACCAUCGCAGACUUUCUGGCACAUCAACCUAUGCUGGACGUCCCGAUGGUGAGAGAAUUGGAGGUCGCCACCGCAAUAAUGACCAGACCAGACUUGGCGUGCAUUCCAGAAUACGCCAUGUUGUAUCAGGCCACAGUCUCACUCCAGCCCUGGGUAUUGUAUUUUGACGGCUCAAGAACGGAAACAUUAGCAGGGGCAGGGGUUGUUCUAGAAAACCCAGCAGGCGAUCGUUUUUCAUAUUCUUUCCAGUUAGAAUUCCGGUGCACUAAUAACCAAGCAGAAUACGAGGCCCUCAUUAUAGGCCUCGAAGUGUUGCUGGAACUAGGAGUGAGGGACAUCCAGGUACGCGGCGAUUCUUUGUUCGUGAUCAAUCAACUUCGCGAAAAAUACAGGUGUGCAAGCUGCUUGCUCGUACCUUAUCUGAAUCACGCCGUUGAGCUUCUGGACCAAUUUGAUGACGUGGAUUUGGAAUACAUUCAUCGCGAGCGCAACUUUGCGGCCAAUGAACUCGCUCAACUGGCUGCAGGUAUUACUUUGAAAUAUGGGGUUCGCGAGCGAAUCUUGAAGGUUGAGCGACGCACGCUGCCUUUGUGGCUCGCGCGACCUGACUUACUAGACGAUCCAGUCGUCGCGGUCCUAGAGCCUAUUGACAUAGAUUGGCGCAUCCCUUUGAUAGAUUACCUAAAGCAGCCAGAUCCCACUGCAGACAGGAAGAUCCGCUUCCUUGCACUAAAUUACUUCAUCAGAGGAGAUGAGCUGCGCUGA